ACAUGUCGCAUCAGCGUUCAACACCUUUGCCAGUGUGCGAACGGCAAUUCUCACCUACUAAGUAAACGCGAUACACUGAGGUGAUGGGUGAUGCAUUGAUGGGUGAUGAUGAUCAAGUUGACGUUCUAAAAAUUUGUGCGAAGCAAGUACUGACAGUCUGUGGAAUAGCUGCUGCUUACAUAAUCAUGAUUACCUCCAUGAUAUUAUGAACUACUGCCGCCAGCCUCUGGCACGAGUCUCAGACCCUCCAUCGCUAUAAACUUCUGUCCAUGUCUGUCUGAUUUUGGAUCAAUUGAAAGUUCAUGUUGAACUGAAAUGUCCAGUUUUAUAUCAUUGUUUAACGCUUCCAGGCAUCCAGUAACGAUGAGUCCUCGCGACAGACCAUCAGAUCCUCUUUCACGACUCCGCUACGCCCUCGAAACAAUGCCAAGUUCACGAAAGUAUAUAUUCUCUCCCGCAACCCGUGCAGAAGUUCUAUCAGAGCUUUACGAUGCAUUUUGGGGACCGUAUUCACAUCUCUUCCUCCCGUUGUCCAAUUCCAACCUCCCCAUGCAUGCUACUCUCAGUAGCGUUCAAGCAGAUCUAGGCUUUGCUGGUGCCGGUUCAGAGGAUCCUAUCGUUCCUGGAAGGCCAUGUGGUCAUAUCUUUAGCAAGGGAGAGAGUUGUUUUCGUUGCAAAGACUGCGCUCUCGAUGAUAGUUGUGUUCUCUGUAGCCGCUGCUUUCAUUCCAGUGAUCAUUCAGAUCAUAAUGUCAGCUUCUUCGUCGCUCAACAGGCUGGGGGCUGUUGCGAUUGUGGAGAUAUCGAGGCCUGGCGUAAACCUAUCUCAUGUCCUUUCCACCCACUUGCUCCUCAUGUCCAAGCACAGAUUGAACAGUCCUUGAGCGCAGUCGAUUCCACUCCUCGAGCCGUACAGCGUUCUAUAUCUGAGGAGAUCCCAUUCGUUGAGAAUUACCCAUACAGAGUCGCUAUGCCGCCCGACCUACGUGAUCUCAUGAGCCGCACUAUUGCAUAUACACUUGACUUUAUCCUUGACACCCUGGACUACUCUCCGGAUGAAGCGACAGUGCCUUCGCAUGAGGCUGACCUACGACUACAGCCUUCAGCAGAUCCUAUGCAAAAGGACCAAUACGCCAUCAUCAUCUGGAACGACGACAAGCACUCAUUUGAUGAGGUCAUCAAGCUUAUAUGCGAAACCACUGGCCAUGAUAAGAAGACCGCAAGCAUCAUGGCGCACUCUAUUGACGAUGCAGGCCGGGAAAUAAUUGACAUCAACGGUGACGUCCCUCGGCUCCUCGAAGCAGCACAUUUGAUGACAAAAAUUGAACUCGGUGUCACGAUCCGUCGUGCAUACGAUACAUUUCGCGAGCAGGUUGCUUGUGUCAUUAUAGAGUGGCUGCUUGAUCUCACUCGAAGCCGGCUGGGGGCGGAUACGCUGAUAAUCAAAGAAAUCAUCGCUGCCGAGCUUCUGUCGCCGAGACGGCGGGAGAACACGUUCUUCACUUCUGGUCCGCAAAUCCCAAACCUCGCUGCAGAUCUGACACGUCCAUGCCGUGUUGAUUGGUUAUUCGUCUAUCACACUCGACUGUGGAAGAAGCCCCGGAUACAUUUGAAAGCAAUUUAUGCGUCGAUCUUGACACUUUCGCAUCCCCAUAAGAUUGCCAUCGCGUCCCACUUUGCCAGCAUCUACCACCGUGUCGCUGACGCUUAUCUCCUGGUUGACCGUGAAGCAGAAACAUCCAUAAAGUAUUUCGCCCUCCAACUUUUCACUGCACCAUCCGUUGCCCUGCACAUCGUUUCUCAACAUGAUCUCAUGACACGUCUACUCGACAUCAUCGUCAACUUCUUCACCAACCAUAUUGAGGACAAGCACAUCCUCACCACGUCUCCUACCCAACAAGACAUAGACGUUGACAGCCCCCCAUUCAGAAGCAAACGCUUCAUGCCGGUCUUUAGUGAUCUCCGGUAUCUCUGUCACAACCGGCCUGUCCAGCAGCUCAUCGCUCGUCACCCAGCCUUCAUACGCAAGUUUGUCAAGAUAUGUCAGGUGUUCAUGUGUAUCAACCCAAACAAGCGCGUUGCCUCGAGUCACGUCGAGUACGAGACGGAUGUGUGGAUCAGCGUAUUCAAUGUAACACUUUCGCUUUCCCGCGUCAUCAAAGUCUACGGUGAAGCCUUCGCAUUUGCGAACCCGACGCAGCUUGUAGGAGCAAUCACGACUGUCGUACGGGAGAUCCUCGCCGUUUGCACUCUUUCGACAGAUAGGCUCGACAAGGAAAAGUUUUCAAAGCCGAUGCUACACGAGGUCGAGUUUGGUGAUGCACAGUAUCGGAUCGUCGAUUUCAAUGUGCUGGAAGGAUGGGUCAGCUUCCAUCACUCCCUUCACUGGCUCCUUGCAGAUCUGUUGAAGCAUGUUGAUAUUUUGUCAGAGGAGUCAUUGAAGCAGAUUGGGGUGUCUGGCGUUCGGGACUUGUUUUUGCGCCCCUUCAACGAGGGCGCCAUUCUCACAUUAAUCGAUUUCCCUUUGCGAGUGCUCGCUAUGAUUGCCCAGAUCAGGGCAGGAUUAUGGGUCCGCAACGGCUUCCCUAUCCGUGGCCAGCUCCUACACUAUCGCGAUUUCAUGCUCCGCGAGCUUUGCUACGACCAAGACCUAUUCAUCCUCCAGUCAUCUCUCAUCAUCCUCGAUCCCAAUAUUAUCAUUGUCUCCAUCCUCGACCGUUUCGGCCUUCUCUCGUUCUUCCGUGGUGAAGUCGAGAAGUCCCCUUAUGAAGGCGCCCAUCUCCUGAGCAUGGUCGAGGAGCUUCUCUACGUCCUGAUAACUAUUCUUGGCGAGAGAGCCAGCGCCACGAAGCUCCCGUUCCAGCGUGCCAUCCGUCGUGAGAUCGUGCACGCACUUGCGGCGGGGCCAAGUUCAUUCACUGAUCUUGCCAAGCGCGUCUCCGAGAGGAUGGUGGAUGAUGUAUCUUUCGAGCGUGUCCUCAAGGACGUAUCUCACUUCCGCGCACCCGAGUCGACAUCUGAUACUGGCGUGUAUGAGCUCAAGGACGAGGCUUAUGAUGAGGUGGAUCCGUUUACCUUCCACUACACACGGAACAAGCGCGAGGAAGUGGAGGUCAUCCUCAAGAACAGACUUCGGAAGAAGACAGGUGUGAAAGAUCCAGUCAUCGUCCCGAAGCCGUUGACCAUCACAUCCGGCCCGUUUUCGAUACUCCCAUCCGUCCUGGAGUCCGAAGCGCUUCUUCAGGUCAUGUUCUAUGCCAUAUACAACGUGAUUGCGCUCACCAAUAGUGCGGGGACGGCCCCGCCCUCCUCUGAGGCUAUCCUCGACCAGACAUUUCAACUCAUCAUGCUAGCGCUCGUAGAACGACCUUCUGUUUUCAGCCAUGUCUCUGUCAUCAAAACCUUUGCAGAAGAAAAGAAACUCGCCGACAUCAUAUGCGCCAUGGAACACGAUGAAAAAUACAAACCCUACAAGAGCCGCAUCGAUUGGGUUCUCACAGAGAUUUCCAAGCAUGUUCCGGAAGGGGUGCAGCCUCCUCGCAAAGUCCUGAGCUUCGCUGCGCUAGCACCUGAUGUUGAGGGUGUCAAGAAGCGUGCGGCUAAGGCACGCCAAGAGGCCAUUAUGGCAGAAAUGAAAGCUCAACAAGCGAGCUUCUCGCUCAAUUUCGAGGAGGAGGAAGAGGAACAUGAUCAGGAUAUGGAUGAGACAUCUGAUGAACUUUCCUCGUAUGGCACUUGCAUCGUCUGCCAGGAAGAUCUCAAUGAGGCUAAAGCAUUCGGCUCUCUGGGGCUCGUGCAACCUAGCCGGUUGCUCAGGAAACACCCAGACAGUCAUAGUCAAUAUCUCAACGAGCUUAUGACAAUGCCUCAGUCGCUUGAUCGAGCGAGUCCGCGCGACACCACUUUCCCCCCAGCCAAUGCCGAGGAGCUCGACAACACAAGCUCACCCAACUUCGACGGAUUCCCUACACAGUACACUCGCUUCGGGCUCCACGCGUCUGUGUGUGGGCACAUGAUGCACUUCGACUGUUUCCAAGUUUAUAAUUCCUCCAUUCGCCAGCGGCACCGCUCACACGCGACGAGAAAUCAUCCUGAAAACAUUCAGCGCAAGGAGUACAUCUGCCCGCUUUGUAAGAGCUUGGGCAAUGUCCUUCUCCCCGUUCUUCACCCCAGCAAUGCUCCUGCAAGCCAGACCCCCUUCCCGGACUGGAUUCGAGCCGCGGGGAUAAGCGUCUUGAAGUCGAAACCAGAUAGCGUCAUGGAUAGUCUGCAGUUCAGGAGUGGGACAGGCGAAUUUGUGUUCUGGAGCGCGCAAGAUCCUGGCUAUGGCGCAGCCGUGCGCAAGCCAGAAGCAGUGACUUCGACGAAGAUGCUUGACACCCUCAUAUUGUCAUCAAGACUGGUCUCGCAACAAACACGCCAUCUUCGCGAGCGACCUGAACCAGAAGUAGGAGAAAGAGGCGCCGGGAUGUAUCUUCCGGAAGACCUUGUCGGAUACACAAUUUCUGCUAUCGAGGUUGCUGCUCGUGGGACUGACUCCUCAGGAGGCAUUGUGGCGGAUUCGCUGUCAUUGUCGGAUACGCAAAGUAGAAUGAUCCGCGGGUUACUUUCCAGUUUGACAAGACUAGUCGCUCUUGAACUGGACGGUCGGCCAGAUGGUGGCCGGGAGUCGGUCAAGCAAGCCAUAAUCAAACGGCUGCUCCCAGAGUGGAGCCGAACAUCACUGACCUCCUUCUCGUACCCCUUACUCUUACGUGACCCAUUCACCGUACUCAUCGAAACUGCCGCAGUGGCUCCCGAGAUGUUACAGCAUGUCUUGAUCUUGUGCUACUACGCCUGUUUGGCUCGCACAGUCAUCGGCAUGGUGUAUGUCCUCAACAAGGCCAGGACGUACAGCGCUUUCCAGCAGCCCGCUGCUCGUGCCCAUGCUGAUAUCUUCGGCGAUGUCCGUAUGUUCUUCAUGUCGGUCGUGCGACACUCACCCGUCUUCGAGCACACCGCUACGCUUGUAUUCGAUACAUUUGGUGAAGCUCGCAUCGAGAAGAUGCUUUACGCGUUUACUCUUCCAUUCCUCAGACGGGCAGCAAUCCUGUGUCGCUCCGUCGUCCCGCUUACAUUCCCAACUCCAUUACUAGGUGCCUCUAACGUCAAUGAGUACAAGCGUUUACUGGCUACCCUUGGCAUUCCUCCUUUGGCAGACCUCCCAAACCAAGAUACGCUUCAAAACGCACUCUCCGGAUGGUGUGCCCACUAUGGCCACUCACAUGCUGCCUCACAACUCAACUGUGGCGUCGUACUUGACUAUGCAGCUGUGUACGGAAUCGCUCGUCUACCGCUCAUCCUCGAUAACCUCUUUGGUGAGCGAGACAAGGUGAUGAAAUGCCACCGAUGCAACACCGUUCCGACGGAUGCUGCAAUUUGUUUGAUCUGUGGAGUAACGUGUUGUAUGGCGAGUCACUGCUGUCAAGACGAGUUAGGGCUUAGGGGGGAGUGCAAUAUGCAUACACGAGAGUGCGGUGGUGCUAUUGGUGUUUACUUCGUCGUGAAACGAUGCUCUCUGCUUUAUUUGUACGCCGGUCACGGGACAUUCGCACAGUCCCCUUACCUUGAUGUGCAUGGUGAGGUCGAUGUUUCAAUGAGACGCGGUCGUCGUCAAUACAUACACCCAGCCAGGUGGGAAGAAGUCCGCAAAACAUGGCUCAACCACGGUAUUCCGACUGCUGUUGCUCGUAAACUUGAAAGCACGGUCGACAGUGGAGGAUGGGAAAUGCUUUGAUUGCUUAGAGACCUCUCUGUCCCGUAAUUUUAGCAAAAAGCUUGUACAUACU